AUGACAAAACCAAAAGCCAUUGGAGGACUGGGCUUUAGAGACUUCCAAGCGUGGAAUGAUGCCUUCUUGGGAAAAUUGGGAUGGAGAUUAUAUAAUAACCCUGGGCUCUUGCUGUCAAGGAUCUUGAAAGGGAAGUAUUUCCCCUCGGAAAGCUUCAUGGAGGUUACCGAAAAAUCAGCAAUCUCUCACGGAUGGCGUGGGGUACUAAUAGGCAGAGACUUGCUGAAAGAAAAUUUGGGAUGGGUUGUAGGUGACGGAGCCUCAAUUCGGAUUUGGGAAGACCCAUGGCUUAGCCUUUCAACCCAACAAAGGCCUAUGGGACCACCAACGGAGAUCUCGGCAAACCUGACAGUCGCAGACCUUUUCAUUGACAACACAAGGGAUUGGAAUGAGGAGAAAAUCAGGAACCUGCUACCACAGUGGCAAACAACUAUCAAGACUAUCGUACCGAGUGUUGUGGGGAUUCCCGACAAACAAAUCUGGCUGAGCACACCGAAUGGUGAAUAUACCACAAAGUCUGGGUAUCAUACAGCCAUAAAAAGGAGAACAGAGGAACUAGAGGAGAAUGAAGUAGAUGAACUACACUGGUUCAAGGGUGUUUGGAACCUACAUAUCUCGCCUAAGAUCAAAAUGUUCCUGUGGAGAUUAUUUCAAAAGGCCAUACCAGUGGGAGAGACUCUAAUGGCAAGAAAUAUUACUUCUGAUGGUAGGUGCAAGCGUUGUGGUACACUGGAAUCUAUAGAUCAUCUGUUUCUACACUGCCCAUAUGCUGAGAAGGUCUGGCGUCUAGCCCCCUUUGCAGUGGCUUGUGAGGUCAGCGGAUGGAUAGAUUUGAAGAGUGUAUGGUGGAUCUUAUGUGGAAAACCUUGCUUGCCUCCAAUAGGGCUUGCCUCUGGCCAGCUAGCACCUUGGAUCCUAUGGCAAAUCUGGUGUGCCAGGAAUCAUUUAGUAUUUGAAGGAAAGUCAAUAACUGAAGAAGUGUGCCUCACCAAAGCUAUUACCUCGGCAAAAGAGUGGACGAGCUGUCAGGAUAAAACGCCCCCACCUUCCCGCAAGACUCCUCCUCGUACCCGGCCAGAACCAAAUUGCUCUGUCUUGAAUACUGAUGCGGCUUGGAGAGCGACGAACCUCACGGCUGGACUAGGAUGGACGGUUAAAACACCGGAAGGAACAGCGGAAUUCACCAAGCCUUGUCGUUUUGUUGGCUCUGCCUUGAUUGCAGAAGGAUUGGCUCUACGAGAAGCUCUGUCUGGAUGCAGAGAUUUGGGACUCAGAAGGAUCAGAUGCGAGUCUGACUGUGCUCAGUUAAUCAAAGCCCUCAACUCACGAGAAGCACACCCGGAGCUUUACGGAAUUCUUUCAGAUGUGUUUAGUAUUUCUAGCUCUUUUGAGUUUAUUUCUUUCACCUGGAUCCCAAGAGGAUUGAACAAAGCAGCUGAUAAGCUUGCUAAACAAUGUUUGGUUGGGGAAGAAGUCUUUAUGACUGAUACCUAA